AUGACCUUUGCGUGGAAAGCCGCUGGCCUUACCUACAACCGCUACCUGGCCGUUGCCUCCCGGGUUGUGCGCCGCAGCUUGAAGGAGGAGAAGAGACUUGCUGCUGAGCGCAGAGGUGUUUCUGAGAUUAGGUUUGCGAAGUGGUCGAACGGAAAGCAGGGCGAGCUUAAGAACCUUGAGCAGGCUAACGCUGCGGCUGCUGUUGAGAGUGCUGCUCAGGGUGGCCAGUAA